UCUUUGGGUGAAAGCUGUCUUCCCAACGCCACUGGCCCAACAAAACGCUGCUGUAGCAGAGCCAGUCCGCACCGACCUGAGCAGAGCAGAUACACGGGAGAGAGCACGUACACACACGGGGAAUCUUUUUUGUUCGACCGAGUGGCUUUGAUUUGCAUAUCCACUUCCACUUCUUCCUCAUUUGCAUACAGCAAGAAUGGCGAGCGGGCAUCCCACAGACAAAUUCAGUUUCAUGUAUCAACCAGACACGCACAAGAGUAAGAACAGGUUAUCUUCAGCUAUGAAUCCAGUCUACAGCCCUGUGCAGCCUGGCACCCCAUAUGGAAACCCCAAGAACAUGGCUUUUACAGGCUAUCCAGGAGGGUAUCCUGCCACCGCCCCCACCUAUACACCCAACCUCUAUCAAACAGGCAGUCCUGGGUAUCCACCAGGAUAUACUCAAGCAGGCACCCCAUACAAAGUGCCACCCACUCAGUCAAAUGGAGCACCCCCUCCCUACACCCCAACCCCCACCCCAUACCCGACAGCUAUGUACCCCAUCCGCAGUGCCUACCCUCAGCAGAACAUAUACGCACAGGGAGCGUACUAUACCCAGCCAGUGUAUGCGGCUCAGCCACAUGUGAUCCAUCACACCACCGUGGUGCAGCCCAACAGCAUCCCCUCCACAGCCCUGUACCCUGCCCCCGUCCCUGUACCUGCUCCUCGCAACAACGGCAUGGCUGCCAUGGGAAUGGUAGCCGGGACAACCAUGGCUAUGAGCGCAGGGACCCUGCUGACAACGCCCCAGCAUCCCCCGAUUGGAGCACACCCAGUUACUGUGCCAACCUACAGGCCCCAAGGGACACCUGGGUACAGCUAUGUACCACCUCACUGGUAGAGCCCACCCAUCAUAUCUGGAGUCCACCAUCGUAUGCAACUGCUCAAAUCUUACACGGGCUCCCACUGGUAACCAUGGGAACUCGGCACCUGUCUGCAAGAACAAAACUAAAGUGCAACAGCCACUUUACUAUUAUUGUUAUUGUUAUUAUGCGACAUUCUCUAACGUUUUUACAAAAGCUGCUUUUAUUUUUUUUUUUUCUCUCUUCAUUUGCCAACCAGUCAUUACUUUAUUUUGUAUGGUUUUUAUUUUAUUUUCUCAAUUUCUUUUGCUGUGUCUGUCAUUGGAACUCCAGAAGGACUCUUGACCAAUCACGGGUGUCGGUCGCUCCUGUUUCUGUGUUGUGCUGGUGUGUGUGCUCCUGCCUGCUGCUGCUCAGUUGGCUGGAAAAUAUUGGGCACUUAUUCCUCAUUAUCAUCUCCAUCAUUCACUACAAAGACUUACUGACUUAUGCUGCCAAAUUUUCUAACGACUAGAUAUCAGCACAAGGUUUUAACAUAAUUAGGAUGGUUUUUUUUUUUUUUGUUAUUUAAUUUUUUAAUAAUCUUUAUUACCACACUCAGCUGAAUUACUUAACCUUUUCCAGUAGACUUUUUUUUUCCUUCCUAUGUUUUUCCUUCCCCUUCAUCCUUUUUAUUUUUUAAUCUCCUUUUGUUUCAUUUUGAGUUCAAUCUCAGUCGUCUUCCAGCACGUAGAUGUCUGUCCGGCAGUAGUCUGUCAGUCAUCCCUGUCGUUUCGUCUCCAUGUAAGUUGCUGUGUCGCUAUGAGCAGAGCACUUACCGACCAUCACCCAUCAUGCUGCGUGUGCCGCCCUGUCCACAUUAGCAUAGCAAAUAGUACACACUUAAGAAAAGAUCACCUUCUUCAUGCUACAUACUAUGCAGGCUAGUAUGUUGUGACACUAUUGAAAUCUUAACCUAGCUAGAGAACAUUUCGGGGUCAUUCAGGUCCUGUCAGCUUUUUUUUUAUGUGUUUAGCGUAGGUCAAUACAUAAAGAAAAUGUAAAAAUAUUUAUACUAACCGUUUCAACAGCAUGGGUGGUCGUGCACACUUUCUCACAUGUACACACAAGCGCAUGCAUUUGUGCGCGCGCGCGCACACACACACACACACACAUGCUCCUGUGAUGUGUUGGAAAACACAUAAUCACUUAGUGGCACUUACUGUACAGUAACUCCCAGUUCUGUUUUUAACUGAUCAACACACAUACACACUAGCAAACACACACAUGGAUUUUCUAGGGGUGUGCAUGGCAGACACAGCCAGCAGAGAAGGAGUUUAAAGGGAUUGUGUUGGCACUAGGCGAGGAGAGCAGGACGAGACGGGGAGAGCAGAAGGAAGGGGGAGGAGAUGACAUAUUCGCAGACGUUCAUUUCAUUUCAAGGUACAAGACAUUUGAGUUUGACAUCUUACCUGCAAGAAACUGCACUCAUACUCUGCUAUUUCUGCACUAUAUGUAUUGUACAUUGAUUUCUCUCUGUAAUUAUAUCGUCUCCUCCUUGUUCCUUCUUCCAGACCAGGACUAAUAACCAAACACUCCACAAAGAAAAACCCAGACUCUUGAGUAUACAGUUAAUAAUGGACCCGUCAAAUAGAUGUGCUGAUAGAUUCAGUCCCAUGGUCAAUUUCUCAGUGCUGUGAGUGAUGAAAAGACCAAACAAAUGCUAGGACGCUUAUGCACCACAUUUAGGAAGGAAAUGUGUCUAGUCAGAAGGUUGUAAUGUGUAUGCAUGCGAAUUUAGGUCAAAAUUUUAACUUAAUUGGUAAUCCCUUGUGAGUGUGCAAGAGUAAAAACAGACCCAAAGUAAAAAAAAAAAAUAAAAUGUUUUUUUGUGCUCAUGGCAGGAGUGCAGAGCUGUGAUGACGGUGUCUCUCAGCUACUAGGUUUUAAACUAGUUCAGUUCUUUUGGUGGAGAGGAAACGAGCAGCACCAUCUCCAAGGGCCAGUAAGAGGCUUUUAGACUUUUCAGCAGUAUUAUGAGAGAGGAAUCAUCCAUUUGUUUACUGUGCUUUCUGCAAGAGUCAGAGAUUUUACACAUCUGCUUUUACUAACUGCAUUUCGACAUUCUUUAUUUUCAAAAAUCCAGCCUGAACUUUUAUUUUGAUAAAAGUCAAAAAGUAAUUUGGUGGUGAUAAUAUUUUAGCCAGUGAGCCAUGGAGCAUAUACUGUUGCUUCUUUGCAUUAUGCUUCUACAUGCAAAGGUAUUUACAUCCGCAGUAUGAUUCAUCUUAAUCACAGUCUUUGUUUAUUGGUCCUUGGCUGGAAAAAAAAAUGGGGGUGUGGGGUGGUGGUUGUGGUGGUGGGGUUUAAUAUUUAGGGUAAGGCCCGUGGCAUUUUUCAGGAUUUACAAAAAAAAAAAAGACUCAAAUCACAACUUCAUGAUCUGUAGAGUACCGGUUGGGUGUAAUGAAAAGCAUUUACUGCACGGGUAUGUAGUUGAAGUGAUUUGAUAUUGCAAUAAAACAAGAGGGAAUGCCUCCAACUGUUAACAUACAGUAAUUAUUUUAUCAGCGUUUUGAAUUGAUUUAAAAAAAAAAAAAAUUAAAAAAAAAAAAUGCUUAUUGUUGUAAUCUCUAAAUAUGGAUCACAGGCUCUGUAAGCAGCCUACAUUCAAUAAUUAUUACAGUUACUGCUAAGAAGAGUAGAACAUAUCAAAAAAAAAAUUGGGGUAUUGAGUAAUUUUGUGAGGAAAUAUUGCACAACAUAAGAACUUGAUGACUACAAUUUAAUGCUAAGUAACAGGUACCUAGGCUUUGUAGUGCAAGAGGAAGGAAAAAGCAAUUUAUAUUGUAAUUAAAAAUAAAACAAUAAGGUCGAGUGUUUGAGGUAUUCUUAGUCCAGAUGUUUGUACACUAGUAGGUUAAUUCUCAAGAAAAUAUUGCAUAAUGCCGCUGUCGGAUGAAAACCGUAUAUAUUUGAGCCUUAUUUUUAAAAUGACCCCUGUAUUUUAGAAGAUAUCAAGUGGAUGUUAUUGGCAUGAGGGUCAUAAAAUUGUUCCCACCAUGUAAGGAUCUGAAAAAAUACAGAAACUAGAUUUUCUUGCGACAGCAGUGAUGUUACUCGUUAUUAGGAUUUAUUUAACCAACCACUACUUCUGUCAGUAUUUCUCAAUUAAAUCUUAUGGGGUUUUUUUUUUGUUUUGUUUUGUUUUUCUUUCUUCUUUCCCUCUGGUCAAUUAAGCAUAAUGGGUAUGCAUAAUAUUCAGGUGUAUUUCACUAUAGCAUUGGAUCUCUAAGUUUAAAAAAAUGCAGUAUAUUUAUACAGCAAGUGGUACAGUAAUGUAUUUCUAGCUAAGCAUGGUUGCAUCAGUGUGGCAGCUACUGUUUGUGCUUUUAAUAUUCUUUUUUUUGACCUCCUCUUCUGCAUCUCUGUCCUCUACAUCUGUUGCUGAGGGGGGAGAAGUUAACACAAGGUCUGUAAAUAAAGUUAGGACUUGUGGAAAUUCCCGUCACCAAAUUCCCACAUUUUUUUUUGUUUUGGUUUUGUUUUUAUUUUUUUUUUUUUUUUUUAUUGUUGCCUGAAUUGACAGACCUUGAGGAAGUAGAGGAUGAAUGACAGAGCUCCAAUGGAUAGCAUUAUUCUGGCUGAAAGAGAGAGGUUACCACGAUGCUCUUGGAGGUCAUAUUCGCUGUCCAUUUCUGUUCUGUGGGUGCAAAGAUAUAUCGAAUGAUGUCUUGAAAACCCUCAGCCUCCAUGCCCUUUGUUCUGUGCCAUAUUUCACCAACUGUUGUUCAGUAAAUAUUAGUUUCUUCUCCUAAGUAAAUGGUGAAUUCUGAGUCUUUGUUAUGUCUAGCUUCCUGUGAAUCUGUGUUUUCCUACUGCUGUCCUGUUUCUCACUAUGGUGUUAAUGCAUAUUGUCUGUCUCACUUUUAUCUUUCUUCCUGAUUCCUCUGUUUAUCCUGUUUUCACUUUGUGUCACAACUCCCUUCAAAGGCCAUUUUGCAUCCCUUCAAACAUUCAUCUAAUUUUGCUACAUUCAGGGAUGCAAAAUGAUGUUAGGUCGUAUGUUCUGCUUCCUCCCUUCUCCACUCUCCCUCUCCUUUUAACCUUCUGCUCUGACACCUUCAUGUUUCUGGCUUUUGUGUGCUUACAAUCCGACCUUUGCUACCCUCACCACCCCUGUCUGAAUAGCAGUAAUGCUGAAUUAUAUGAUGGCCGUUAAAUUGGUGUUAUUAAUAGUGUGAUGAUCUACUCUAUUUUGGCAUUUGUGAUAUUCCACUGAGCCUUUUUAAACACUAGAUGUCACUAGUGACAAACUCUAGAAGUGGCAUUUGAGCCAGCAUGAUAAAUUAAUCAUUUAUCAGCGUCCUUUACAUUUUAGAAUCACAAUCGGGGGUCACAUUUUCAGCACUGAGAUUAUUUUGUGGGGGGGUUGGGGGGGUCUUUUCCAGAUUAAAUGUCUUUUUUUUUCUUUUUUUCUUUUUUUUUUUUUUUUUCAAUUUCAGAAAAACCAUUUCAGACAAGACACCAAAUAAGGUUUUAUUUGUUGUUCUUCUAGGUGGAGUUGAUUUAUUUUAGGUUAAUGAGAGAAAUCCUUUCUUUAAUGAGCUGUGGACCAAUGCUCUUUAAAAACUUUAACACUGUUUUAAUGUGCUGGCUCUGUAGAGAGGCAGACCCACAGAGCAUUUGGGAUAGUUGAAUGGAAAACGACUCCCACAGAGCAGGUUUUAGUUUUUCAGGGUGGUGAAACUGCUUCCUGAUUUCACUCCAUUCCUUGCCUCUCAUUUAUUUCAAUUUGCACUUAAGUGAGAACAGUUGAACACUUCGCUGUGUUUUAGGAGGGGAAAUGCAAAGUUGUCUUAAUCAUGGGUCUUUUAUCAUCAUUUUACUCUGUGACAUUUCCAUUGAAAGGUGGUAACUUUACUGAGGAUGACUCAGUGCUUCUUUUUUUUCCCAGUAUAUUUCAUUCUUGCGCCUCUUCACCUUGAUGGUGAAAAUGCGUCCAGAACCAUUCACCAACACCUCUACUCUCCUUCUAUCUUUCCUCUCCCCUCUCUCUUCUUUUUGCCUUGCAGUUGGUAAGUCUUAGUUUUUUUUCAUGAGUAUAAAUUAAAACACUACUAUCACAGUGAAUAGUAGGCUCUUAAAUGUCUUUGAUGUUCUGCCGCAGCUUUUUAAUUUCAAUUUGUCAGAGAUAUCUCUUAGUUUAAUUUGACACUAAAUGUGAUGCAAAAAGUGGAAAUUCCUUGUCUUCCAAAAAAAGCAUACUUGUAUCCCCCUGGAUCAAGUAUUAGGAACAACCCCAUCUUUGGAAGUUUUAGUUUGGUACCCAGUUUGCACAUGCUAUGGUAUAUCUGUUACCGUAAGGUUGUGUUUGAAACUGAAGCCCAACGUCUGUUCAGCGUUGAGAGAAGUGAAUUGUAUGUUAGCUAUUUGGUCCAGAGUGAAGGACCUGCGUCAGGCUUGUGAUAUGAAGUGUAAAUCUGUUUUUAAUUUGUUUUUUUAUGUUUUUUUUUCUUUAUUUUAUUUUAUUUUUGUUGUUGAGGGUUUUUUUUUUUUUUUGUUUUUUUUUUGUUUUUUUUAAGAUCAGUUAGUGAUCUUAGUACUAUAACUAAGCCAAGUUUGUAAUUGUAUAUUUACUGUAAAAUGUAGAACAUUGAAUAACUAUUAAAAUUUUCCUAUAAAAGGA